AUGACGCUAAAAUUCGUGAUUCGAGAACCCAAGGCGCGGGUCCUGUUCUCGCCCACGGAAUUCUUCGACACCCUGAAGGGCAUGUUCCGGAGUUCCAAAAAACGAAUCGUUAUGAGCUGCCUAUACAUAGGCAUAGGUGAACUGGAGAAGGAGUUAAUAGUAACCAUAAGAAAUAAUAAGCACAUCAAAAACUUGAGAGUAGAUAUUUUAUUAGACAAACAAAGGGGUACGAGGCCAGAAGGGAAAUUGAAAGAAUCCUCGGUGAGCAUGCUUUCCGACCUCUUCAGCUAUGGAGGGAACAUAAACAUUAGCUUGUUCCAUAAUCCCCUACUAGGGGCUGUGCUGUAUAAUAUUAUACCCUACAGAGCCAAUGAAGCCAUUGGGGUGAUGCACAUGAAGGUGUAUAUCGGAGAUGAUCGUCUCAUUUUAUCAGGGGCUAAUAUAAGCGAUAGCUACCUUCGAAAUAGACAAGACCGGUAUAUUUUGAUUGAAAAUAAAUUGUUAGCUGAUUCCAUUCAUAAAAUUGUGAACUGCAUCCAGAAGAUGUCGUUCAGCGUGAAUCUCGAUUUGAGUGUCCACUGGGACAGUGACUUAAUGAAUCCACUCGUCGAUGCUCAUACCUUCCGUGAGCAGUACUACAGACGGAUACAGUUCAUGCUGAGUCAAAUCAAGGAGGAUAUUUUACGGCAUACCCAAGGGGGGGUAGAAAAACAAAUGCCCAAUGACGACUUAGAUGGAUAUCGGUUACCCGAAAGUGGUCCCUCCCUGAGCGAGCGAGAAGACUUCUUUAGCCCCCUGUUCAUCAAGAGCGAAAGCAUCCUUACUGUUGAGCUGGCGCUGCAGAGCGGCUUCUCCUCACCCCCUAUAUACGACGAAAGCCAAAUGUUGGAAAGCAUGCUUAAGAAUGUAAAGAAAUAUGACCAAAGUUUAAUCAUAUCAUCAGGGUAUUUGAACUUCCCAGAAAAUUUUUUAAAAUUGUUUAGAAAUAUAUAUGACAACCUGUGCUUUAAAGAGGGCAUAAUACGUUUUAUUACAGCAUCCCCAGCAGCAAACAGUUUUUUUAAAUCCAAGGGCAUUUCCUACUACAUACCCCUUGGCUACACAGUCAGUGCGCACAUGUGCGUUGAAUUCAUCACCAAAAAUAUUGUAAGCGUUUUUAAAAAUUUAAAUAGAACAGACCCUUUGAUGAAAAAGGAAAAAGUCUGCACAAAUAUUUAUCUAGAAUAUCAUAAGCCCUCCUGGACCUUCCACUCCAAGGGGAUGUGGCUAAUUGAUGGUUCCUAUCAGACGGGAGUUGUUGACAGCAACAACACCUCUGGUAAAGAACCCUAUGUAGACAGAAACCCUCAGAUGGAAAAUGCUCCAAAUAGUGUGUGCACCAACCAAAAUUAUGAACAGUCAGAAAAAAAAAAAAAAAAUCCCCCUUUUGGGAUAGCUAGCUCUCCUCAUCUGUUUAAUAAUGAUCAAAAUUGCCUGAACAGGUCAGCUAAUUUGGACGAAAGAAAAAAAAAAAAUGUGUGUGAAAAUAUUUUAAAGAGUGAAGAAAUGGACCAUAAUCAUCAACACGGUGUCGAUAAUCAGAUUGAUGCUAAUAAUGCUACCUCAUUAAUUCAGAACUUGGGCGACCUACCAUGGGGAACCGUGAUUGGGAGCUCCAACUACGGCUACCGAGCAACGUACAGAGACUUGGAGAUGAGCUUCAUAAUCAAAACAAACGAUGAAAAUUUGAAGCGCCAGUUCCAGAAGGAGCUAAACAUUAUUUACGAGUCCUCCAAUUUUGUCCAUAUGGACGAGUUGAAUUUGAGGUACCCCCGCUGGUUGCGAUUGGUAUUUCGGUACCUCGUGCGAUGGUUGCUGUAA